AUGGCGACAGUCAAUGAAGUAGGGAAAAAAAUCAUGGCGGCUGCCGCGUUCUCCGCACGUGACCGCCGGCGAAGCAGCCGUGCUCCAGCCCCCGCCGUUGGAAACGAUGAUGGCGAGGAGCAGCACCUCAACCCCUUCCUCGACGCUGCGCCGUCUGCCUCCUCAAGGGUCCAGUUCAGUUUGUAUUGCACACCUUACGAGCUGGAACAGAGGAUGAAGCAUGAGCGUGAAGAAAUGGAUAGUGUGGUCAUGCUUCACCGUGCUGAAAUGGACAUCAAGAUGCGAGAAGAGCGUGCAUCCAUGGACCGUGCACUCAAGGAGGAACCUGACAAAAUGGAUUCCAAACAUCAUUCUUCAACGGGACAUGCUCCUAGCCAGAACAAUAUUGUGAGGUAG